AUUACCAGGAGGAGGACGUGUUAGGAAAUUAAAAGUCAACACUAGUGAAAUUAGGCAAACAAUCGACUGGCACUUGCCAGACACGAAGGCUACUUUGGCGAGACACUGUUGCAUUUAUCAACAAAGUGUUGCUUAUAGUUUCAAUAGAAAAUUGAGUUUCUAACUUCUAUAAGAACAAAGUCCCAUCCUGUGUUCUGAUCUUGGAGGAUUAGGUGUUACUGUCCACGAUGGGCUCAGGCUACCUCCUGCUGUGCCUAGCUCUGGCUUCAGUGUGGGGUCAAGGAAGUAAUUCAACCCCAUCACCGACCACGUUAUCCACCCUAGCAACAACAACAGCAACAACAACAGCAACAGUAAGAGCAGCAAAAACAGCAGCAACAACAGCAGCAACAACAGCAACUCCACCAACUACCAGCACUGUGGCCCCCACCACCCCAACACCACUUCCCUCCAAUGUGGCUGGUAUCAAUGUGACCGAACGCACUGAGACCAACAUGACUCUGCAGUGGAACAGCGUGGAGAAUUCUAAAGGUUAUAAUCUGAGUGUUGGCGACCAGCCAGAGGUGUUCAUCCAUCCUGACUCAGAAGGAACCAGCCACACAUACACUGUCCUUUCCCUGUCUCCCGGCACCAGAUACAAUCUCACUCUCUUCACUGUGGGGGUGGACGAUCAGAAAAGCUACGGAUUCAAUUUGUCUGCCAGCACUAUUCCCUCCAAUGUGGCUGGUAUCAAUGUGACCGAACGCACUGAGACCAACAUGACUCUGCAGUGGAACAUCGUGGAGAAUUCUAAAGGUUAUAAUCUGAGUGUUGGCGACCAGCCAGAGGUGUUCAUCCCUCCUAUCUCAGAAGGAACCAGCAAGACAUACACUGUCCUUUCCCUGUUUCCCGGCACCAGAUACAAUCUCACUCUCUUCACUGUGGGGGUGGACGAUCUGAGGAGCUACGGAACCAAGUUGUCUGCCAGCACUAUUCCCUCCAAUGUGGCUGGUAUCAAUGUGACCGAACGCACUGAGACCAACAUGACUCUGCAGUGGAACAUCGUGGAGAAUUCUAAAGGUUAUAAUCUGAGUGUUGGCGACCAGCCAGAGGUGUUCAUCCCUCCUAUCUCAGAAGGAACCAGCAAGACAUACACUGUCCUUUCCCUGUUUCCCGGCACCAGAUACAAUCUCACUCUCUUCACUGUGGGGGUGGACGAUCUGAGGAGCUACGGAACCAAGUUGUCUGCCAGCACUAUUCCCUCCAAUGUGGCUGGUAUCAAUGUGACCGAACGCACUGAGACCAACAUGACUCUGCAGUGGAACAUCGUGGAGAAUUCUAAAGGUUAUAAUCUGAGUGUUGGCGACCAGCCAGAGGUGUUCAUCCCUCCUAUCUCAGAAGGAACCAGCAAGACAUACACUGUCCUUUCCCUGUUUCCCGGCACCAGAUACAAUCUCACUCUCUUCACUGUGGGGGUGGACGAUCUGAGGAGCUACGGAACCAAGUUGUCUGCCAGCACUAUUCCCUCCAAUGUGGCUGGUAUCAAUGUGACCGAACGCACUGAGACCAACAUGACUCUGCAGUGGAACAUCGUGGAGAAUUCUAAAGGUUAUAAUCUGAGUGUUGGCGACCAGCCAGAGGUGUUCAUCCCUCCUAUCUCAGAAGGAACCAGCAAGACAUACACUGUCCUUUCCCUGUUUCCCGGCACCAGAUACAAUCUCACUCUCUUCACUGUGGGGGUGGACGAUCUGAGGAGCUACGGAACCAAGUUGUCUGCCAGCACUAUUCCCUCCAAUGUGGCUGGUAUCAAUGUGACCGAACGCACUGAGACCAACAUGACUCUGCAGUGGAACAUCGUGGAGAAUUCUAAAGGUUAUAAUCUGAGUGUUGGCGACCAGCCAGAGGUGUUCAUCCCUCCUAUCUCAGAAGGAACCAGCAAGACAUACACUGUCCUUUCCCUGUUUCCCGGCACCAGAUACAAUCUCACUCUCUUCACUGUGGGGGUGGACGAUCUGAGGAGCUACGGAACCAAGUUGUCUGCCAGCACUACUCCCGUCAACGUAGCAGGUGGGAUCCAGGUGACGGGUCGCUCCGAGACCACCCUCACUCUGCAGUGGAUCCCAGUAGCUGGCAUCUCUGGUUACACACUGCUGAUAAAUAACGAUCAGAUUGACAUCCCAGCCGUCAAGAAGUCAGCUCACGCUGCUGCUGCUGUGGAGGAGCGGCGGACACACGAGGUCACUGAUCUCACCCCCGGCACGGAAUACAACCUCACCUUCUUCAGCGUGUUCGAAGGGGUCCGAAGUAGCGGAAUAAAUAACUUCACAGUCACAAAGAUGAACUGCCCUGCCUCAGACUGGAAAGUGUCCAACACGUCCAUCAAGGCUGAGCUCCAGGGUUCAUUCACUAAAGCAACAGCAAACAACAGCUAUGGAGAGCACACCAGCGUGGGCGGAGCUCAGGUGUCGUUCACAGGCCUGUAUCCCGGCUCGAGCUACAGAGUGGUCCUCAUCUACGAGCGGGAGGGCAGGGUCGACACACAGUGUGAACAUCAUCUGACUCUGGUUCCUCCAGACUUGUCCAAGUGGCGGUGUGACUACGCCGCGGGCGGCUACGCCCUCUCCCUGACCUGGGCAGUUGACCGUGGGGAGUGGACAGCUGCAGAGGCCAACCUGACAGGGAGUGCUCCACAGAAAUUGAUGGGCCCGAAUGUGUCGUACACCCAGAUCUCUGGCCUGCAGCCUGCCAAGACCUACAGCAUCUCUCUGGCUGUCCUCUCUGGGGACCUGAGGAGUAACCCUGUGGUCAUCAGCUGUGGGACUGACCCUCGGGGUGUCAUAGGAGGGUCCAUCACUGCAGUGAUACUGCUCAUCCUCCUGGCCGGUCUGGCCGUCUUCAUUCUGCGACGGAAACCUGAGCUACUCAAACCUGUAUCGUUCAGCCACUCCAAAAUAUCUGCCAACCAGAUGAAAGCGAUUCCAACCAGGAAGUUCCCAGAACACUACCACCAACUGUGUGUCGACCAGAACCGAGGUUUCAGUGAGGAAUACGAGGACUUUGCUCCGGUGGGAACGGAACAGUCUCGCAGAGCAGCGCUGGACCCCGAGGUGAAGGACAAGAACCGCUUCACCAAUGUGCUGCCAUAUGACUGGUCCAGAGUGAAGCUAUCCGUCAUCUACCCUGACAGAACCUCUGAAUAUAUCAACGCCAGCUACAUGCCUGGCUAUGGCAGUAGCAAGCAGUACAUCGCGGCUCAGGGGCCUUUGCCCUCCACCGUAAAUGACUUCUGGAGAAUGAUCUGGGAGCAGAGGGUGAGGGGUGUAGUCAUGGUGACCAACUGCGUCGAAGGAGGGCGGGGUAAGUGUGAGCAGUACUGGCCCGUGGACAGCGCCCCUUGCCUGUACGGAGACCUGCUGGUCACCAUCACAUCACAGCACAGAGACUCAGACUGGACACUGAGGGAGUUUCGGGUGAAAAACGAGAGCUCGGCAGAGGAGCGCAGCGUGAAGCAUUUCCACUUCACCUCCUGGCCCGACCACGGGGUUCCCCAGAGCACCACUGCCCUCAUCCAGUUCAGGCAGCUGGUCCGCCAGCACAUCGAGGGACCCGGGGCCGGUGCGGGCCCCACAGUGGUGCACUGCAGUGCUGGUGUGGGUAGAACUGGCACGCUGAUCGCCCUGGACGUCACCCUGCAGCAGAUGGAGAGGGAGAGGGCUGUGGGCAUCGCCGCCUUCGUACACAAGAUGAGGCAGAGCCGACCCCUCAUGGUCCAGACAGAGAGCCAGUACGUCUACCUGCACCAGUGCAUCAUGGACUCUCUAGAACCCAAGACGGCGCCAUCAGAGAAUAUGUACGAGAACUCUGACAUGAUCUACGCUAACGCAACUGCACUGAGAGAAUUCCAGAAAUCCAAUUCAAGCGUCUGAAAGUGACAGUCUGUAAGCUUACAGGAAAA